UUUGUUGGUCAUAUAUAAAUAAAUUAACUUAGAUAAAAUGUCUUCAUCGUUUUUUCAAAAAGGUAAAUCGAGGCAAGUAUUCAAAAGAAAAGGUGAAAAAAUAAACAAACCCAAGUCAAAAAAACAAAACGCACCUAACCUAGAAAAUGGUCAAGAAUCUUCUGAUAGCGAAUUAGACAUUAAAAAGUUUUCCGAUGCUGAAGAAUCUGAAAGUGAUCAUGAAACUGCUGAAGAAAAGAAGCUAAGAUUGGCAAAAAAAUAUUUAGAAGAAAUUGAAAAAGAGGAAGCAAAAAGAGCAGAGGCAAAAGAGUUAGAUGAUGCGAUAGAGAAACGAUUACAAAAGGACUAUUUGGAACAGAAAGGUAAACUACGUGUUAAUGUCGCGGAUAGUUAUAUUGCACCAACAGAAAAGGAUUCCAAGUUAAUCCGUGCCAGGGAACACCGGCUCACACUCACAUGUGUUUGUGUCAGUCUUGAUGGACAGUAUGCAUUCACCGGUUGCAAAUCGGGAUGUCUUAUUAAAUGGGGAAUCAAAGAUAAAAGAAAACUCGGCUGCUUAACAUUUAAAACUCAUUCUAAUUUCUUCAAAGGCAGUGUAACAUCUGUUGCUAUUUCUUCAGAUUCGAAGUUCUUAGCUACCUCGGAUGAAUCAUCUAGCAUAAAUAUAUGGGAUCCACACACAAUGAAACAUGUACGCACUUUCAAUGGUCAUAAAGACAUUGUAACAGGCCUUGUUUUUAGAAGAAAUACACACGAUUUGUACUCAGCAAGUAAGGAUAGAUCUAUUAAAAUCUGGUCAUUAGAUGAAAUGGCAUAUGUUGAAACAUUGUUUGGUCAUCAAGCUCCAAUAACUUCCAUUGAUGCUUUAACCAGAGAACGGGCUAUCACUGCAGGAAGUCGUGAUACCUCAGUGAGAAUAUGGAAAAUUGUAGAAGAAUCACAACUUAUAUUUAAUGGACCUGUAGGUAGUUUGGAUGAAGUUAAAUUAUUAGAUGAAGAACAUUUUGUAUCGGGCAGUGAUAAUGGAUCACUUUGUGUGUGGAGCGUAUUGAAAAAGAAACCAUUAUGUACUGUUCCUGAAGCUCAUGGAUCAGAAAACAAUGUCCCAAGAUGGAUAACAAGUUUAGCAACACUCUUAAAUUCUGACAUGUUUGCCUCAGGAUCUUAUGACAACAGUAUCAGAUUAUGGAAAGUGUACGAGGCAUUUAGAAAAAUUAUGCCAUUGUUCAGUAUACAGGCAAAUGGUUUUAUAAACUGUAUGCAAUUUACAAAAGAUGGCACACAAUUGUAUGCUGCGGUAGGUCAAGAACAUAAAUUUGGAAGAUGGUUCAAGCAGAACAAUGCUAAAAAUGGAUUAUUAAUAAUAAAUUUUACU